AUGGAUGAUAGGCUUUCUUUUCCUCGUCAGCUUUAUUGGGAUUUUUGCACUUGUGCCCAUGAGAAAAUCAUGAUUGUCGACUACAAGUUGACCUAUCCAAGUGGCACAGCAACUGCUUAUCUCAUCAAUGGUUUUCACACACCUGAGGGCGCCAAGCUUGCAAAGAAGCAAGUGAAGAUACUGGGCAGGUACUUUAUGGUGAGCUUUUUCUGGGGCUUUUUCCAAUGGUUCUUCAGUGGUGGCGAUGACUGCGGUUUCAAGAACUUCCCAACAUUAGGCCUUGAAGCUUACAAGAAUAGGUUUUACUUUGAUUUCUCUCCUACAUAUAUUGGGGUUGGCAUGAUCUGCCCACACAUCGUGAAUGUGUCUGUUAUGCUAGGAGGUAUCAUCUCGUGGGGUAUAAUGUGGCCCCUCAUUGGCAAGAAAAAGGGGAGUUGGUACCCUGCUUCUCUCCCAGAAUCUAGUCUUCAUGGGCUGCAGGCUUACAGGGUCUUUAUAUCCAUUGCUUUGAUUCUUGGGGAUGGAUUGUAUAACUUUGUCAAGGUGCUUAUCCGCACAAUUGCUGGCUUCAUAUCAAUGGUUCAUAAAAAUUCAAAAGCCAUGCUUCCUGUUUCAGACAAUGGCAGCCCCACCGCUGAAGCUAUGUCCUUUGAUGAUGAGCGUCGCACUGAACUAUUCCUGAAAGAUCAAAUCCCCAUGGCAGUUGCAUAUGGAGGCUAUGCCGUAGUUGCUUCUAUAUCUAUCGGCACUCUUCCUCAGAUCUUCCCGCAGCUCAAGUGGUACUACAUUUUAGUUGCCUAUGUGGUAGCACCUGUGCUGGCCUUCUGCAAUGCCUACGGAAGUGGGCUCACUGAUUGGUCCCUUGCCUCCACCUAUGGCAAGCUUGCUAUCUUCGUCUUCGGUGCAUGGGCUGGCCUUGCCAAUGGCGGUGUGCUUGUAGGACUUGCCGCGUGUGGUGUGAUGAUGAGCAUCGUGUCAACUGCCUCUGACCUGAUGCAAGACUUCAAGACUGGUUACUUGACUUUGGCGUCACCAAAGUCCAUGUUUAUCAGCCAGGUGAUAGGCACAUCAAUGGGCUGUGUCAUUUCGCCCUGUGUCUUCUGGCUGUUCUACAAGGCCUUCAGCGACAUCGGCAUAAGCGGCAGCGAAUACCCAGCGCCUUAUGCCAUUGUGUACCGAAACAUGGCGAUAUUGGGUGUGGAUGGCUUCAACACGCUUCCGGAGAACUGCCUGACUCUCUGCUACAUCUUCUUUGCUGCAGCUAUUGUCAUCAACCUGAUAAGAGACUUGACGCCGCACAAGUUUUCGAGGUUCAUCCCGCUCCCUAUGGCAAUGGCCAUACCUUUCUACAUAGGAUCAUACUUUGCGAUCGACAUGUUCCUGGGCAGCUUCAUACUCUUUGUUUGGGAGAAGAUGAACAAGGCAAAAGCAGAUGCCUACGGACCUGCUGUCGCUUCAGGGCUGAUUUGCGGGGAUGGGAUCUGGACCCUGCCUCAGUCCAUUCUUGCCCUUGCCAAGGUGAAUCCUCCCAUUUGCAUGAAGUUCUUGACAAGAGGAGACAACGUCAAAGUGGACAAAUUCCUUGGUGGCUAG